AGGCUCGAAUAUCAGAAGGGGGAAGACACUCUCUAAAAGCAAGACAAAUACUGUAACAGGAAAGAUAUCCCAAUGUGGCGCCCCCACCCCCCGCAAUUGUGACUUGAGCCCGGUCCCUUCAAUGCCCCUGUGACCCCCUCCUGCCCGCGCGUGAGCAUGGCCCUCAGCCCCUCUGCCUGGCCUAAGCUGCUUUAAUGGACUUCACGGCCCUGUGCUGCCAUAGCAACUGGAAACAACCUCCACGGCAGUGAGGACGGUGCGGUGGCCCAGAUCUGAAGAAGCACACCGGUAACAGAGCAACAGAACCGGGGACAACAAGGGCGCGGGCAUAGGGCAGGGAGGGGCUGCCCAGAGAGCCAACAAUCCGGGGCUUGAGGAGUCAGGGUUUGCGGUUUAUUUUUUCUCCCAACAAAGACACACACUGUCUAAACUGUGUGGCUGGUUGUUAUUAAGAAGCUUCUGCAAGAGGGGAAAAUGUAUUUAAUAAAAGGCCCAGUGUUUGUGGCCUUCUUGGGCUCACUGCUGAGCUCAGGAAAUCUUGAGGUGUGACCAGUUUUCAGCCUUCAAAACCAAGAUGAACUGCCCUUGAGAGGGGUGGUCAAAGGGGAAACAUGUUCAGGCUCUCUCUCCUGAGCCGGGGACAUGGGAAGCUGGUCCAGAACAAACAGAAGCUAGAAGUCUAUUUCGAACCAGAGGAUUACUUAAACUGGAAGUCCCCAGAAGACUAUGUCCUCAUUAGCAAACCACAAGAUGAGGGCAAUGCCAGCCAGCACAUGUGGAACCUCUUUCUUCCUAAAACAUUCAGCACUAGAAAGGGUGCCCUGAUCCUCUACUCAGAAGGUCUAGCCAUAUCAGCAUGGACACCGGAAGAGAGGAGAAAAGGUCGCUACCACCCCAAAGGCUGCAGGAAGAGGCUGGAUCUUGAACUGCACACACUUCAGGACCUCAAAGAAGCCAUCCUGGCAUAUGGGAGGAUACAGAGGGAGCAGGGAAGAACCUGGCAACCCUACCUCCACUUCCGAAGCCAACCGGAGAGCCAGGCCCAACGGCAGAUGCAGCCUGGGUAUUCAGCCAAGAGAUACCUCCGAGGCCUCUUGAGGACAUGGCCCCCUGACGCUAUGUACAGGCUCCAGUGUGCAGGAUGCAUCAAGGAUUCUGUGCUGCUCCAGGACAGUCAACUCAAUGUGCCAAAGAAUCUAAGGCCACAACAGGACCUUUCAGGUGUACCCCCAAAAUACCAUCUUCUUCCUGUCUUCCCUCCAUUUUGGAUUCAACAAGGAAAAUCUUUUGAACAAGGUCAGCAGGGCCUGGAUGAAGGGGAAGCUGGGGCUGGUGGACACGUGGACCAGGGCUCUGUAGCCAAGAACCACAGCAGUCAGGGGACUCACCCGCUGCCACUCAGGAAGCAGCCCUGGGAGGAAGCUGGAGCCCAGGCAGAGGAUGCAUCAAUAGAGAAUCAUAAUCAUGCAUCAAACAAAAGCUACAAUGAAAAAACACAGCAAACCUCCAGGAGAGCCUGUGGACACACCCGCAUCGAUCAUCCUUGGCUCCUGGGUGACAAGCCCCACACUACAUUCGAUGGAGGUGCCUUCCCCAGUAGUAAAGCAGAUUUCAGCGACAAACAAGGGAAUAUGAAACUCCACAAGGGCAGAAGCAGCCACUUGUUACAGGAGACUCCUGCUGAAAGCUGCCUUUUCCCCCCUGUAGCAUCUGCCACUGGCUCAGAAACAAGCACAGCUGGGGAAGUGAAGAAGAAAAAGGCACCAAAGGCUUUGAAAUUACCUCCUAUCUUAGAAGAACCACCCAGAGUCCUGGACCCCCUGAGGAGUCAGUUUAAAGCCAGUGAGCCACCAGCAGAGCUCUUCAUCUUCCCAGUGGAGAUUCAUUUCCACACCACACACCCGCUCAAAGGAAAUGCCCACAGAAGAGGUGCUCCACCAGCUGAGUCAGGACCAGAAGCAGAGGAGACCAGGCCUUUGUGGAGGCCUUCCCUGAAGCAUGCAUCACUACAAAGGCCCAGGGUGUUAACAGUGCAUCUCCCAGGGGACGUGGGCAGGGACCCACUCUCACCUCAAGAUGAUGAUGCCCCACCCCAGAAGGUGACCUCACCACUGUCCCUGAUUAAAGGAAGAAAAAGUCCAGAAAGCCAGGGGGGCCUGGACAGCCCCAACACAUCAGACCUCAGCAGCCCCACAGGCCCCCCAAAUGUGAGACAACCCAGGGGGACACUCCCAGCAGAAGGACAAGAUUCCAGAGGCCCCACACUGGGACACUCCUCACUAGGUCCAGAUGGAGAAAAUGCCCGCCUGUCCCUCCCAGGGCCUGCCCAAACCGAGGAACUCCUCACAGGUCAAGCUUAUGAAUCUGUCGAUUCAAAUACCAGCCAUGAAAAUGAGGGAUCUAGCUCUCUGAUUUUCACCAUAGCCAACACUGAAUCCGGAAUCGAUCUUCAAAUGAAUCUUAAUGAAACCUCACUUUUCACCCAAAAGCCAGAGAAGCAGGGAGCCCAGCAGUCCUUGGAGGCAGCAGCUCAGAAGACAGGGGAGCUUCAAAACUGUACAAAUAAAGAGCUGAUAUGUUCAAACAGAAAAGAAUUUUACACGCGCAAGCUGUACAUCGACAUGACGCCGUUCCUGAAGGAAAACGGAAAUGAACUGGAUCAUCAUGAAGAACCAGGAGAACCCCUCAGAGGAAAUCUUCAAGACGCCCAAGAGCCGGAGCUGAGUAGUAUGACCCUUGACCCUCUUAGUGCUUCCUUGGUGAAGCCCAUCCAGACUCCUGAGGCAGACACUGUCCAAAAGGUGGGCAGAGAUUAUGAUGUACACCAUCUGCUCGGAGGACUCCCAGGACAUGGGCCUGAGUCCCCGGAGAAAUCGGUUCCUGUAGAUACAUCUCUUCUUCCAAGAGGGAGAGAAGGGAAGACCAAACCAAAGCUGUCCAACCAGCAGACAACAGCCAGCAUCAGUAAUCAGAUGGAGUUGAUGGACAAAGCCAAGAGAAAGAAAAGAAUCAAGACAGACAAGUCCAAGGCACCCAAAGGGAAAAGAGAAGGAACAGUCAGCAGGGGAGCAGAGGCUGCUGUUGGAAAGUCAAAGGCUGAAAAGAAAUCAGAGCUAAUUCCCAAAGAAAAAAAACCAGAAGCCAAAAGGAAAAGGACACAGAAGGAGAGGGACCUGCAAACGGCAGCAGAGCUGAGUGGGCCUGAUGUCAUUGACUUUAAGGAAGCAGAAGACACUGCAGACAGACGUUUCUUUCCUUCAGACCCGUGGCUUUCUCCCAAAGAUGAUGCUCAGGAGAGCCAAGUUUCUAUAGACAGAAGAUCAUCACCCGCACAGACUGUUACUGUCACUGGAAACAUGGAAUCUGGAGAGAGAAGCCAUGAGGAUCCUUCCAAGGCCCUCCUUGCUAAGAGGGAACAAGAGAAAGCUUCCCAGGACAGGCUGCGAGCAGAGAGAGCCGAGAUGAGAAGGCUGCAAGUGGAAAGGAAGAGAAGGGAACAGGAAGAGCAGAGGCGGCUCCAGCAGGAGCAGCUGGAGAGAGCAGAGAAGAUGAAGGAGGAGCUGGAGCUGGAGCAGCGAAUCCGUGCAGAGGAAACCCGUUUGAGAAAACAGAGGCUUGAAGAACGGCAAUGGCAGGAGGAGGAAGAGAGAAAACAGUGGCUCCAGUUGCAAGCGGCCCAGGAGAGAGUCCGGCAGCAACAGGAGGAGUUUCGGAGGAAACUGCAAGAACUGCAGAGAAGAAAGCAGCAGGAGGAAGCUGAGCGGGCUGAGGCAGAGAAGCAAAGGCAGAAGGAACUGGAAAAGCAGUUAGCAGAAGAACAAAAACACCUGAUGGAAAUGGCUGAAGAAGAACGGCUAGAAUACCAGCAACAGAAACAGGAAGCCGAAGAGAAGGCUCGGCUGGAAGCAGAGGAGAGAAGGCAAAAGGAAGAGGAAGCAGCAAGGCUGGCUCUGGAGGAAGCCGUGACACAAGCCCAGGAACAGGCCAGGCAAAAAGCUGCUCUGAAGAAACGUCUUCAUUUCCAACAAGAACUCCGUAAGGAAACCAGUGGACUGCAGUGGACUCACAACAUUUCAAGACCAUGGGUUUAUUCUUAUUUCCAGUUCCUACAAAUAUCCAGACCUUAAAGAUAAAAGAAAAUUUUAAAGUAAGUUGCGAGGUGGUGCAGAAAAGAGAAACUUCCUUCUGUUAUGUUCCAUUCUGAACCUAGUAAAUUCCAUUUCAUCUGGUUCACCUCAAGCUACACAUAACUUCUCUGGGUCCUCCAUCACCAUCACCCAACUCCACUACACGUACUUUGUUCAACCCAAUUAAACUCUUCACUCAAAUUCCUGUAUGUUCUCUAGAACCACAAAAAUCCAGCUUUGGUGCCUAAAACUGGCCAGUAACUUCAGUUUGAAUUUCAGCUUGUUAGUAAGAUACUAAGAUACACUUAGUAGAGUCGAAAGUAUUUCAUUUCAGCCAAUGUGACUGAAAGAGUUGCAGGUAAAUGGAAAUUAUGAAAUGCAAAUAAUUGAGUUAGCUAAGAGAAGCUAAUUCAUAUAUUCACAUAUAAAAAAUUAAUUAUAAUCUCUUUACAAGGUAAAACCACAUCCAUUUUAUCCUAAGAUUACACUAAAGUUUAAUGUCUAUUUAAAACAAGGCAAUCAUUUGAUGAGUGUUCAUUUGAGCAAAGUGAACUGUUUUGGAGGGUAUUCUCACAUCCUCAAAGUACAGAUUCUAGAACUUCACUGUGCAGUAAGUAGCCACAAGUACUAUUUAAAUUUAAAAUAUUAAAUUCUCCAGUCACACUAGCCACUUUUAAGUGCUCGAUAGCCACAUGUAGCUACUUGCUACCAUAUUGGACAGCACAGAUAUAGAACAUGUUCAUCAUCACAAAAAGUGAUUAACAGAUCCCUGAAAAUGAACAGAUCAUGAGGUUUUGCUCCUGGACCUUGAAGAUCCAAACACUCACAUAAUUUCCCCAUUUUUAAAAUCACACUGAUUCUAUCAGGGAAAAGUGUUGAUUAGAUAAUUUGUCUUUUAGCAUCUCUUUAGUAUCAGUAUCUAAUAAGUGUCUAUUAGAGAAUGAUCAUUAAAGGUGAUGGAAGAGCUUUAGCCAAGAUAUAUAAAAGGAUGUUAAAGCUAGCGGUACCUUAACCUGAAUUCUCCCAUAGAUUUCUGUAUCACUGUCUGCAGCUAAAAAAUUUGGUAUUCACAAGUGAUUCCUUCAAAUUUCCCACUAAUGCAUAAGAUGUUUGCUUUCUACAGGAACUGCAUUUCUGCAAUCAAAAGUCAAACUUAAUUUUGAUUCUGUAUUGUUAUUGGACUUGCUUAGGUUUGAUGCUUGUUUUUAACUCGUUUUAUGUAAAACAGAAAUAAAAUGGCCAAAAUCAGUCAUACAUAGUGAAUUUAAGUAUGUCAAACAUUUUCUCAAACUUGUCAACCCUACUUGCACACUUAUUCAUUCAUUCCAUUCAAUUAUAAUCAGAUGAGAAAGGAGCAUCUCAAAUAAUCCAACCAAGAACAGAAGAAAGAACAUUCAAGGAAAACAUCCUUGUGGGGAAAUUACCACUACUGGCUUUAUUUUCCCCUUCUGUUACAAAUUUUGGAUGUUGCAGUCAAGCGCUAGGUAGAAUGGCUACAUUGUUACUCAAGGUCCCUUCCAAAUCUGAUAUUCUAUUAAAUUGUUUCUGUCAAAGGCUAUUUUAUUAGCACUACACCACAUAAGCACAUUUUAAGUUAACCAUAGCAGAAUGCAAUGCAUUUAGAAGAAUCUAAUAAACUACAAUUAGCUAAGCUCCACGACCUAAAUGCUGACAGCCUUCAAACAGAAAUGCAAACAAAUUAAGAUACCAAACUAUAUAUUCAUGCAUCCUGGACAGUUCAAGUAGUCUAACAGGUUUGUUACUCAGGCCUGACGGAAAUAUGCAACUCAAUGAGGAUUUUCUACAAAUGGGCCUAAUUCCUAGUCACUAUUUAAUGUAAUGAUAAAUGCCAGGUGAUAAGUUUAAAAGCUCUAGUUUACCUAGAGGGUAAGAUAUAGGAAUUGCCAAUCAUUUUUCAACAGAUGACUUGAGUAGGGAGGCUAUAACAGUUUAUAAAAUUAGAAAUAGGUUUUAUUAGAUGACAUUCUAUUUGGGAUAACAUGAAAUUGGAUUAUGUAUAUGCAUUGAUAUACUAAAUUCUAUGGUUCAUUAAAGAGUUACAAUAAAAAGUUAAGCCCUCUAAUAGGAACAAAUUUGGUAUUUUAAUUUCAUACAAAGUUUAAAUAUUUGAGAUAUAAAGAUAUUCAAGGAAAAUAUAAACAAAAUAUACCAAACCUUAACUAAGCAGAGAGCAUUUUGUAAACUGUUAAAGGAAAAACUGAAAUUUUCAAUAUAAAUCAAUUAAGGAUUUUUGGCAUGCCCAUUUAUUCAAUAUGACUGAGUAAUUCUAUCAUAUAUAUGCAGCAUACAGGAAUAUCAAGUUUUUUCAAAAAAAACAGAACUGAGUAUUUAAGAAGGUACUGUGGCCUUAAUUAAAUGCUUAAUUUAGAAGGCACUUCAGUAACUUUCAGUGCUUCAA